CGCGAGCGUUCAUUUCUGCCGAGCGGGUUUUGUGCGUUGUCGCUAGGAGCGGCAGGAAGGGAAAUCGCGCGCGCGCAGACACAUUUCCUGGGGCCUCACGGGACCGAGAGAGGCCCUCCGCGCUUGAGGUCCAAGAUGUCAGAAGACCUUGCAAAACAGUUAGCUAGCUAUAAAGCUCAGCUCCAACAAGUUGAAGCUGCUUUGACAGGAAAUGGAGAUAAUGAAGAUUUACUAAAACUCAAGAAAGACUUACAGGAAGUUAUAGAAUUAACCAAAGACCUUCUUUCAACACAACCUUCAGAAACGCUUGCAAGUUCUGAUAGCUCUGCUUCUACUCUUCCAAGUCACACAUGGAAAGUUGGAGACAGAUGUAUGGCAAUAUGGAGCGAAGAUGGACAGUGUUAUGAAGCUGAAAUUGAAGAGAUAGACGAAGAAAAUGGCACAGCUGCUGUUACCUUUUCGGGAUAUGGUAAUGCUGAAGUCACACCCUUGCUCAAUCUGAAACCUGUGGAAGAGGGAAGGAAAGCAAAGGAAGACAGUGGCAACAAACCCAUGUCCAAGAAAGAAAUGAUUGCUCAACAACGAGAAUAUAAAAAGAAGAAAGCUUUAAAAAAGGCCCAGAGAAUCAAAGAAUUGGAGCAAGAGCGAGAGGAUCAGAAAGUCAAAUGGCAGCAGUUCAACAAUAGAGCAUACUCAAAAAACAAAAAGGGCCAGGUAAAGCGAAGCAUCUUUGCUUCUCCCGAGAGUGUAACAGGGAAGGUUGGAGUUGGGACAUGUGGAAUUGCAGACAAACCCAUGACGCAGUACCAAGAUACAUCCAAGUACAAUGUCAGACAUUUGAUGCCGCAGUAAUUGAGGGAGAAAAUGACUUAACAUCACCUCUUCAGGGCUUUACAUUUACCUUUUUAUUAUAUUUUUCUAAAAGUAAACUAUUGGCGCAUAGUGGAAUGAUUGUUGAUUGACAUCAGUUGGCUUAUGCUGGUACAAGCCCUAAGUAAGAUAAUAGCUGUUCAGAUGAUCCCUUUACUGUUAUAAAACUUAAGUUGUAUAAAUGUGCAUGUAUAACACGCUGUGUUGAGAAAAUGUCCUUUGCAGUAUCCUGAAGCUUCUGAUAUCUCAAGUGUCCAUACUUGAUCAUUAAUAGGGAAUACCAUCAAACAAAUGAUGGUGAAAUAAAAUAGUUCACCUUUCUUGUGCUGAGUUUGGGAAGGAGCAAGACAUCUUAGUCUUCCCAAGACUCAUCAUGAAUAAUGCAGAUUUCCUUCCCCUUUCCAGAAUAGAGAGAAAAGUUGGGGGGAAUCUUGGUGACUCACACUAUCUCUCUCAAUUCAGCACAAGGGUGCUAUCCACCUAAUUCAUAGUGUAGAUCCAUUGAAAUCAGUAGACUUAAGUCAAUUAAGUCCUUUGAUUUCAGUGGGUCUGCUCUGUGUAUGACUUAGUUGGAUAUCAUCCAAGGUCUUGAUAGUUGGAUAUCAUCCAAGGUCACCAUCUUUUCCCCAGCUCUGGAGAAGGGUGGAGGAUUUCACAGAAUAAAAAAUGUAUUUGUGAGUUCCAAGCAGGCAAGUGCGUUUGGACCCCUGAGCAUAACAUUUUGAUUUAAAAUUCUACAGAAUCUAGCCAUGGGCUGUGCAAGAUGUAUUCAUUUGCUUCCCAUGUAGAUGCACACUUUUUAAGUGUUGGGAGAGUCAUUUAGAAGUAAUUCUUGUUGAGAAUUUAUGUUGAUAAAUGUACAGCAGGUCAUCGGGCUGAAUCAAUUUUGUGGCUUACCCAGCUGGUUAACUGCAACAAGAUGUUCCUCUCAUAAGAGUGCCUAAUUUCAGCUACAUUAGCAUUGCUGGGCCACCUUGAUUUUAUUUGGGAAAAUGUGUAGAAGUCCAGGUCUAUCUGUAUCUUGUGGAUGCAAUUGCUUCCCUUUGCCAUAUGUAUUGCUUAGGGUAGUAGUGCUCUCUCUCAAUCUUGAAAUGUGUCUGAUGCAAAAAGUUAAUGUAUAGCCCUGUAUACAGUGUAGAUAAUUAUUUUUGUAAAAUAUGGUGUUAAGUUAAUGAACAAAACUGGAUUUAGUUAUUUCUUGUACUAAAUAAUUCAAGAGUAAUUCUUACUCAUUAAUCUGAACUCCAUUCACCAUGUACAUUAUGUUGUAGUUCCCUUUUGUAAUUUGUUUUAUGAAUUAAAUAAGAUCAGGUACCAUCAACAUUUGUUGAUGCACUGAUUAGUGUAAAUGUCUGUCAGUUUACUUAAAAUCUGUAUCUGGUAGGCUAGAAUCCAUCCAUAGCGAGAGGUUCUUCCUGUUAACAGAAGGAGGUAAUUUUUAUGACUGUUGAUUUCAGUUUUGUAUGUUUAACUUUUAUUAAAAUAAAGUGUUCAAAA